AUGAUAGAUAAAAGCUACUCAAAAUGGAAUCGUUCAUUGGAAUUUGAAAGUAGUGAUGGUAAGAAAAGUCCAUAUCUAAAUGCACAACCGGGUAAAUCUGGUUGCUAUGUUAUUAGCGGUCGAACAAAAGUUUUUCGAGAAUUUAGAGCUAAUUUCAGUGUUUAUGUAGAGUUGCGAACAUCUGCAAGUCGACAAAAACCGGCUGAACCGUGCAUCAAUCAACAGCCAAAUGGCUGUGGUGGUUUAGGAUCAUG